GGGCAGCCCCUCCCAGCCCACACUGCGCCGUAACAUAAGUCGGCUCAGACGAAGAAAUCGCACGCAGGGGCAGCGCAGCGGUGAUGGGAUUUAUCGGGCCGGGAUUUUAAGGGGACCAAGGAGUAGGUGCAGAACGACCUCAGCAAUUUUGGAGACCAGAAAAACAGAGAGAGAGUGCGGUGAGAUGGCUGGCGACACUCCACCACAGCAUUCGCAGGAGGAUGCAAACCAUGAAGACCAGUUUCCACUGGAAAUGGAGGAAGGAAACGGAAACAGGGGGCUGGGAGAUGGAGUCUUUGGCGGCACCAACAAGGAUCACCCCGUAUUUUCAGGGAACUCAACAAGUGGGUCGGACAACUCCACCAUGAAGGAACUAUCCAUGAGGAACCUUUCAGAAAAGCCCAGCCAGACACCUCUGACAAGCGAACACAGUUUGUGUUUCACAGACCGGACGUCUACAGUGGUUGUGCUUGAGCCAGCAAAGACCCCUGCGAAAGGCAGACAAGCCGGUCUGGAUGGCACAGACGUUCCCGCAGCGACUGUGAUGAUCAGGAGGCUUGCAGUGGACCAGGGCACGGCAGACCGGCCUCACAAGUGCCGGCAAUGCAGCCGGGCAUUUAAGAAGGCCAGCAACCUGCGGAGCCACGAGGAGACGCACAGCGGCCUCAAGCUGCAUGUGUGUGAGGUCUGCGGCAAGGCCUACUCCCACCAUGGGACGCUGCAGCAGCACCGGCGGCUGCACACUGGCGAACGACCCUACCGCUGCCCCUUCUGCAGCCGCACCUACGUGUGGUCUUCCGACUUCUGCAAGCAUGUGCGAACGCACACCGGUGAGAAGCCCUACGCCUGCAGCGAGUGCGGAAAGGCCUUCCUGCGGCCGUCCGACCUGCGCAAGCACGAGCGCAACAUGCAUGCUAAUGAUCGGCCGCUGCCCUGCCCACAGUGUGGCAAGACCUUCAACAAGCCGCUGUCGCUGCUGCGGCACCAGCGCAGCCACCUGGGCGAAAGGCCUUUCCGCUGCCCCGACUGCGGAAAGGACUUCGCAGUUGCGAGUCGCAUGGUGGAGCACCAGAAGGUGCACAUCGGGCUGCGGCCAUACGCCUGCGACAUCUGCUCCAAAGCCUUCACGAGGGCCUCCAACCUGGCCGAACAUCGCACGCUGCACUCUGGCCUGCGGCCGCACAAAUGCCCCCAAUGCGGCGUGGCCUUCGCCCUGCCCUCGCGACUUGCCCGCCACCAGCUCGUCCACACUGCCCGCUAACCUCCCAGGGAGAACCUACUAGAACACUUCCCGCAUUUCAUGGGAGAACGUGUACUUCACGCUGGCGGGGGCUCCCUCUCAUACCCUCCCCAGGUCCAUUUUGGGUUCCCUGGGGCAACAUGACACCUCUGGUGAACCGUCCUUCCCGGAGACUGCAGAAUCUCGCGGCUGUGGAUGUUCCCUGACAUCUCCUGUAACCGCACUGUAUGCUCAUGUGUCCAUCAGCUGUGUGUUCUUCACAGAGCUUAACAGAAGCCUGCUAAGCAAUGCGGGCUCAUGCCGCCCUCAAUCACUUCCCCCUGCAUUUGCAAAAUGUAAAUGCUGAGCUCACACUGUCAUUCUUAAUUUACAGCAUCAGUCCGCACAUAAAAUGCAAUUUUCUUAACCUGCAUCGGGCGCAUUAGUGAAAGGCAGAAUUCAGUAGGAGCUUCUGCUGAAUCUGGGCUUCGUGGCUCAGUUUCCUGUCACUGAUGUAACUUACAGUCAUUUUUCUGUAUAUCUAAGUGCCUCAAGUAAAGAACGACUUCCUCCAAGA